AAGCAACCUACAGUCAGCCAGUCGAUACGGCGCUGGAGUGGGAGACUGUCGCUACAACAUCCAUUUUAUAAGAUUUUGCUGAACAAGACGGACCCGUAAGUUAGGAUAAACAUGGCUUUUGAUAACAUGACGACGGUCAGUCCCCUUGAAAACCGGACACUGACCACUGGGACGAACUGCUGGACAACCACAGUGACCACCACCAUGUCCCCUGAAGAUGAUCUCGAGGCUUGGAUUGAUGACGCUACUUGGAUAUUAACCAGUUCCUUCAUCAUCUUCACUAUGCAGUCAGGUUUCGGACUGUUGGAGAGCGGGAUGGCCAGCCGAAAGAAUGAGGUGAACAUAAUGGUUAAGAAUGUGGUGGACGUUGUAUUUGGAGGACUGACCUAUUGGGCCAUAGGAUACGGUCUGACCUUCGGGGACUCGCCCGGCUCCAACGGCUUCUCGGGGUUCGGUUCCUUCUUCUUGAAUCCAGACGAGAAGCACAUGGGAACGGUUUUCUCCAAGUUUAUAUUCCAGGCGUCUUUUUGUACCACAGCCACUACAAUCGUAUCAGGUGCCGUGGCGGAGCGGACGAAGCUUACGGCUUACAUAGUCUUUUGCCUCCUGAACACCUUAGUAUACAGCUUCCCUGCCCACUGGAUCUGGGCGCCCAAUGGCUGGCUCAAGAGGCUCCACGUCGUUGACGUGGCAGGGGUGGGUCCUGUUCACCUAGUGGGAGGAACUACAGCUUUGAUUGCCGCCAUCAUGGUGAAGCCUCGUUAUGGACGAUUUUCGAAAGAAGGCGGAACUGUCCAUCAUGGUAAUUCUGUCAACGCCCUUCUAGGACUGUUUAUACUUUGGUGGGGCUGGCUCGGCUUUAAUUGUGGCAGUACGUUUGGCAUCAGCGGUGGGAAAUGGAAACUAGCAGCCAGGUCAGCUGCCACUACAAUCUUGGCAGCAUGCGGAGGAGGAACUAUGGCGUUUGUGUUAAGCUUCUUUAUACACAAAGGCAAAUUUGAUAUUGGUCUGUUGGUGAACGGAAUCCUUGGAGCUCUAGUGAGCAUUACAGGUAUAUGUGCCGUUACAAAAACCUGGGUGGCUGUUGUCAUUGGUGGCAUUGGCGCAUGCGUAACGGCCGGAGCGGAAGCUUUACUAGUCAAACUUAAGAUAGACGACCCUGUAGGAGCGACAGCAGUCCAUCUCGCUGGAUCUCUCUGGGGAAUGAUCAGUUGUGGACUGUUCGCCACCAAAGACAACGUGGAAAGAUCUUUUAGCUUCCAUGAUGGCCUCUUUUGGGGUGGAGGCUGGUACCUACUCGGGGUCCAGCUGUUAGCCAUUGUUGUCAUCAUGUUGUGGACGGUUGUGACAUCUUCAAUAAUCCUAAAGGGCAUUGACCUCACAAUUGGACUACGCAUGACACUGGAGGAGGAACUCUACGGCGCCGAUUAUUUCGAACACAACGUUGAGCCAACGGAUGACAUCCGGGAACACGCCGAAAAGCUGUUACGUGAAAUGACCCACGAAGAACGGACGAACCCAGCUUAUGUUACGACAAGACCGAUUUGGUGGUGGUGGAAGAAAAGAAGUGAGCGUGCCGCAACUCCAAAAAGUGAAGAGACAGACAGCGCGUUGGGAGACAUGUCGGACGAUUCCGUCAUCAAAUCUCCAAAGAAAAAUCAGAAUUCCGAUCACGUGACAGAGGUCACGAACACUGGGAACGACAUGGGGAUGACUGACACUGAUAAUCCAGACAAAGGAAAGUCCAACGGUCACGUGAUUGUUACCGGAAAUGGCACACCACAAAAACAUUCAUUGAGCGGACAUAGUCAUACUAACAAUGCUUUCUGGAACGAUUCUGACGAUUCUGACGAUUCUGACGUCACAAACAUGUAGGAUUCCUUUAUGAAUGAUCUCGACAUAUCUUGCGACAGAUCCUUCUAUAAAAAAUCGUUUCACAUCCUCUAUUUGUAUGCAUCCAUAUGCAAGUGUCAACUGGAAUAUUACAUGUACAGUACCUAUGGCGCAAUAUUUCAAAAAUAAAUAUCCAGUUAACGCAUCGUUCAAUAUAUAUGCAAGACCACACACUUGUGUUUUUCUAACGAAUCAGAAAGUACGAGUUUAUUGCGCUGACGAAUACUAACACUCGUGCGCUCGUGAAUAUACACAAGUGUGUGGUCUUGUUUUUAUCACAUACCUUCCGUAUUUGGUAGAGAUCGAUACA